AUGGGCGAUUUUGCACUAAAACUUGAUCCAAGCGAACGCAUUACCUAUGUUGGGAAGAAGCUCGGCGAAGAACCCUGUCCAACAACUCUCAAAAUUACAAAUCCCACAUCGGAUCGUCAAGCAUGCAAAGUAAAAUGCACCUCAAACGAAAUGUUCCGAAUUCGUCCGCCUGUAUUUGCAUUGAAGCCCGGUGAAGAAACCGUUGUUAAGUUAACUUUCAAUGCGGGAAAAACAGUACCUGACAGUGGGAAGCAUUACUUUGCAGUAUACUAUAUAAAGGCGACCGAUGAGAAUAAGGCACCAAGAGCAUGCUGGUCAGACCACAAAGGAGAUCCAAAUGGAACAAAGAGCUAUAUUCCUAGACUCUAUGUGGAUUUCAAAAAGGAAGAAGACGAUGAAAAAAAGGAAGAGGCCGAAAAAAAGGAAGGUGAAGAAAAAAAGGAAGAUGAGGAAAAGAAGGAAGGUGAGGAAAAGAAGGAAGGUGGUGAGAAAAAGGAAGAAGAAAAGAAAGAGGAGAAAAAGGAAGAGAAAAAGGAGGAGAAAAAGGAGGAGAAAAAGGAGGAGAAGAAGGAGGAGAAGAAGGAGGAAGAAGAGAAGAAAGAGGAGAAGAAGGAGGACGAAAAGAAGGAGGAUGAGAAGAAGGAGGAAAAGGAGGAGGAGAAAAAGGAAGAGGAAAAGAAAUGA